UAUAUUUAUUUAUUUUUAGAUUCGAUUGAUUAAUUGAUGUAUGAUGGAUCAUUCUAUUUAACAAUUACUUAUUAAUCAUUAUUAAGCACUCCCCAUACAUUAUUUUGCUGCUUGACUGACAAUAAUUUAACUCACUAAAUGGCAAUAUGAUAUUUACACCAUGUGUAGGUCUCUAUACAUAAUAUACUAAAUGCUCCACAUACUUGCAAUCCAAGUAUAAAAUUAACAAUAUUUAGAAUAUAUAUUCAUAUAUGAAGUUUGGCAUAAGUGCUGGACAUACACUGUAACACAGUGUUUCAAAUUGUUAAAGGAAUUAUUCAUAAUAAAUUGGAUUAUAUUUUUUCUCUGGGACAAGAUGCUCUACUUGGUCGGGUUAGGUUUGGGGGAUGCCAAGGAUGUGACUGUGAGAGGCCUGGAGGUGAUCAGGAGCUGUUCCCGUGUGUAUCUGGAAGCAUACACAUCUAUACUGUCUGUUGGAAAGGAAGCUCUGGAGGAGUUUUAUGGCCGGGAGCUAAUCCUCGCUGACCGUGAAACUGUUGAACAAGAAGCAAAUGAGAUCCUUCGAGAUUCUAAAGAGAGUGAUGUAGCAUUUCUAGUGGUGGGCGACCCCUUUGGGGCUACAACACACACUGACUUGGUUUUGCGAGCCACAAAGGCUGGAAUACAAUAUCGUGUCAUCCACAAUGCCUCUAUAUUAAAUGCAGUUGGAUGCUGUGGCCUUCAGCUCUAUAACUUUGGGGAGACUGUUUCAAUUGUCUUCUGGACAGACUCAUGGAAGCCGGAGAGUUUUUAUGACAAGAUCAGGAGGAACAGACUGAGUGGGAUGCACACACUUUGUUUACUAGAUAUAAAAGUGAAGGAGCAAUCCAUUGAGAAUCUUAUGAAGGGUAGGAAAAUUUUUGAACCACCCCGUUAUAUGACAGUGAAUCAGGCAGCAGAGCAGCUUAUGGAGAUUGUCCAGAACAGGAGGAAGCUUGGCGAGGAACUGGCUAUUUCCGAAAACACGAUCUGUGCAGGACUGGCAAGAGUGGGGGCGUGUGACCAGAAGAUUGCAUCUGGGACUCUGCAGCAGCUCUGCAUGGUUGAUUUGGGAGGUCCCUUACAUUCCCUAGUGAUCAGUGGCUGCAUGCAUCCUCUAGAACUGGACAUGCUUAGACAAUUUGCCGUGGACACUUCCAAUUUUGAUCAGAUAAAUGUAGAGGACAGUUCUACAUAUCUGUCUGUGUAGAUGUUUGUGGUCCCGCUUAUUGCACCUCUAUAUAUUACACCUGCAAACGCACAGUACCUAUAACAGCUGACAGUGAUUAGUAAUUAGUAUUUGUACUGUUGUGUUAAUGUACGCAAUCACCCAUUGACUGGGAAUCUUCUGUACAGCUAUAUACCAGACACACACCAGUCUUUAUUCAUUGUGAGAAAGCACUUUUGAAUUUGGAUACUGGAUAGAAUAGUAAAUACAAGGGUCACAGUGUACUGCAGUGUUUGGAAACAUAUAUUCUCCAGUCUCUGUUGACUGAUUUGAACAAGGCUUAUCAAACUUUGUUCUUUCAUUGUCAUAUUCUCCAGGAACAGUUAGAAUUGUAUUUUUAAGAUAUUGGUGCUUUUCUAUGUUAAAAAGUGAUUUUUCCACUCUGCAUUGCCCCACCUGUUGACACAUAACUAGGAUACCAUAUUUACAGUUACAUGUUUAGCCUUUACAUAAAUAAAGUGGUAAAACC